AUGCCUAUACGAAUUUUGUGUCUGCACGGCAGGGGUUCCAACACCGAGGUGGGCAAUUUUCAUUUGUUUGGCAGCACAGCAAUUAACACUACCACUGACUUGCUGGAGCCAGAAUACGAGUUUGAAUUUGUAGAGGGCCGGUGGCCCCAUUUGGAGGGGAACUGGUCUCUGCACACAGUCGACUUUUCAAAGUCAAAUCUGUAUGGAUUUUACAACAUGCUGGACAUCGAUGACAUUCUGGCCACUGAGAACGAGCUGCGUCAAGUGAUAGAGGACCAUGGUCCUUUCGAUGGUUUGCUGGGAUACUCCCAGGGUGGAUCGAUGGCUGCUCAAAUCGCCAUCCGACUCCUAAUGGAGAACCCAUACGCCACACCACAGGAGUUACCAAUCAAGUUCCUGGUGCUCAUCAACAGCGCCGUGCCGCCUUUCAUCAUGCCGUUGGAUGAGCAAAAGGUCACGGACCUGCCGAUUGAAGAGGCGCCAAAGCUGCGGAUGCUGUUCGAUGUCUUCAAAGCAGAUCCCGCCGAACACCUGGACAAAUUGCGGCCAGCGAAGCUCGCCAAUGGUAGACAGGCUCUCGUAAAUAAAACGCACUACAUGACCUUUUUUGACAACACUUGGGAUGGCCACCCACUCUACAUGCCAUCGCUGCACAUCACCGGCCUGGGCGAUGCCCCCGAGUACGGCCAGCAGCUGUUUGACAUUGCCGAACCCAGUGAAGCGGAGCAAAUUAAGCAUGUGUUUGGGCACGACUUUCCAAGAGGGCUGGAUAUGAACAAGACGAUUGCUAGGGCGAUAAGGGCGAUGGCAGAGAAAGCUCUAUAA